AUGUACCGCCAGGGCUUCCGCCCCCCGACGCCUCCGUCUGUGGCCGGCGGCGGGUUCCGGAGCCCUCCCCCCGGGGGCGCUCCGCCGUCCUCUCCGCAGGCCUACCGGAGCCCCCGCCACACGCCGCCCUACGGACCCCGCUCGCGGCCCUACGACAGCCCCGCCAACUGCCAGCAAGGCGGCGAGUGGCUCGGAGGCCCGCCGGCGGCGGCACACACGCCGCGCAGGCCCCACAGCGCCAGCCCCGCAUACUCGGCGCCCUACGGCGGCGGCUGGUCCCCCGGCGGAGCCGCCCACCAGGCGCGGCCCUACAAGCAGCCCCACGCGGGCGGCUACCAGAGAUACAGCCAGGGAUCACCCAGGACAUCAACUCCAUUUGGUACACCACGUGGCAGAGAGAAAAGAGUAUCUAAUGAUGUGGAAAGCUAUUACAAACCUUCAAUGCUUGAGGACCCGUGGGCUGGCCUAGUGCCAGUAUCUGUCACUGAUGUUAAUCAGCAAUUUGGCAGGGAGCAAACCACAUACACUGGUAAAAAGGGGAGGUAUUUCAGUUAACAUUUCUAGAAGUGAAAUAACACCCGCUGUGA